GCUGGCUGGCUGGGCUUGAUUUACUCCUAGCGUUUUGAAUCACACGUACCUCCAGACGUUGUUGGCUAGCUCGGUCAGGGGUCUCUCUCUUGCCUGUGGCUGCGGCUCCCUUUGAGGCACUGCUGCUGCUGCUGCCGCACUGGCGAGACUCGCGGCUUCGCGGCAUCAUGGCGUGUGGUGGCGUUGAGUUUAGCCCUGCGGCCUGGAGGCGUGGGUAUAGCAGCGACGGCGGCGGCAGCAGCAGCACAAGGACGAACAGAAGAACAGACAGGCGUAGGAGUACGGGCGGGCCGAAGGAAGCCUGGUUAUUUUUUAAUUCCUGCUUCUUCGACCUGUCUGUCUAUCUAUCUCCUCUCGUCAUCUCGCCUCAGUCUCCUACCUACCUAGGUAUGCAAAGACGUAUCACGCAAAACGAGAGGAUACGAGACGAGGCAACGCAACGCAACGCCAUCCGGCUUCUUCUUCUCCUCCUUUUCCUGCCCGGCUGCGUCGCGCCCCGCCGCGUUGCGUCCUAUACCUACCAUCCGUCCGUCCAUGCGCUCUCCUCUCCUCAUCUCAUCUCAUCUCAUCGCCUACCUCCGUCACAUACGCGCUUCAUAUCACGCCAUAUCACGGCACGGCACGCCCGCAUUUUGUGUAAUACCUAUCUACCUAUCUACAUACAUACAUGCAAAAGAGAAAAACUGGGUGGGACGGCGUUUAUUGUUUUCGGGGGGUUUGCGUGUUUUGGUUGGCACCUCUCUCCAUCUGUCUGGCUCUGCGGUUUGCGUGCGCGUGGUGGGGAGAGAGGACUGGACGGAGGAGGAUGUUUGUGUAUGCAUAGAUAGCUUGGUACGUUACGGCACGGUACGGUAGGGUACGAUAUUCUGACGUUUUUUCUUGGUUGUUACGUGCUUAGCUCGUUUCGUUGAUUGGGUGUUGUGUUGUGUGAUGUGUAGUCAACCCAUGAGAAAGCGUGGUGAUGCAGAACGGUGGUGUGGGGCGUUGAUGCAAGACAGUGCCGGAGAAGGUUGAUGAAGACCAGCGUUGGACAUGUUCUAUCUACAUUAU